UGAACUUCUUCCGUCAAGUCAUUGGCGUUUCUCCACUAUAACACAAAAGUAGCACGUCUAAUAGGACUAACAUCAUAUAAACUCGGAUAUAAUAGGAACCAUGCGUGAGGCACUUUUGAAACUUCUUUGCAUUUUCAUACUGUCGUUGCGUCCAUUUAAAGCAUCAGCAGUUAUUUAUCAGAUUCCUAUCAGGCUGCAGCGGACAGUUUCAGAACAAAGUACCGGACGACCCCCUGCUGGAACAAACCCACCCAACAGGAAUUGGUGCCAAUACACAGUUCAGAAGACUGUUUCGUGUCAAACACAAAAUGGAACGGAGACUGUUGUGCAACGACUGUUUCAGAGCUGUCGCUGGCCUGGGCCGUGUGCAAACCUCAUCAGCUACAGGACUCUGAUGAGACCCGUGUACACAGUGACCUACCGGAAGAUCACUUCGCUGGAAUGGCGCUGCUGUCCCGGAUUCUUUGGGGAGGACUGCCGAGAGGAAUGUAUGAACUGCACAGGCUAUGCUGACAUCACUGAGCGGAUGAGUGUCAUUGAAGCUCAGAUAAUGUUACUAAAAGAUGCAGAAACACCUCCUUUGCCCUUAUCCAGCCAAUCACUAGAGAGAACAGCUGAUAACGAGGUUGACAGUCCCCGCCCCUCACCCCUAACACCCAAUUCCAUUGGCCGGCCAGGGCCAAGAGGACAACCAGGACCUGUGGGGCCACCAGGCCCCGCUGGGCCACCUGGACCUUUAGGAAAGAUGGGGUUAUCUGGGAAGCCAGGGCCUGUAGGACCUAUAGGACCUCAGGGACUACAGGGUCCCCCAGGAGAGAGAGGUCUUCCUGGCCCACCUGGACCAACUGCAUCUUCUCCUUUUUCCAUUAGGGGAGAUGUUUUCACUCUAACGGCUAGACAACAUGCUCAAUAUGAGGAUGGUGAUUUCCCUGUUUAUCGUGACCCGCGGCCUUUACUCGGACCCCCUGGACCCUCUGGCCCACCAGGUCCACCAGGUCCUGCUGGACCACCUGGUAAUCCAGGAGCCCCUGGUAAAAAUGCUGCCUUAAGCUUUUCAGGCAAGCCAGGUGACCCGGGGCCCAAAGGAGACUCUGGCGAAAGAGGUCCACCUGGAUUCACUGGAAAACAAGGACAACCUGGCGUUCCUGGUCCUAAAGGUGAACCAGGAGAGAUUCCACCAGAGGUGCAACGGUUAAGAGAAGCUCUGAAGAUUCUGGCAGAGCGGCUUCUCAUCCUAGAACACAUGAUCGGCGUUCACGAUACUCUCCUGGAGUCUGGUUCUGGAAUAGAUCUCCUGGCGGAUUUCGCGCCAAUGGUCGGCGCUAAAAGUCUUACUCCGGACACAGAGUAGCCAGAUUCUGUAUUUGGGUGAAUAUCGUGUACUCGUAACCACUUGAGGUGCAAGGCCCUAGAGGCUGGAUUUAUAUGAGCCAUACAUUGAAUUAGUGUUGAAAAUGUUUAAGAAUAGCGCUGCUCUUUCUUUGUGUACUUAAUUGAUAAUAUUUGACAUUUUGCAGUUGUUGUCUUUUAAGAUAGCAAAGGAUGGGCAGCUUUAUGAGGGCUUAUUGAUCAACAGAAAUGAUGUGCGCUUUUGUCCUAAGCAAGCAAAACAUUAUUUGAUCCUUAAAUACAUUUGUUUGUUCUAGAUCACAAAGAAUAAUUUUACAUUACAUUCAUUUAAGCCGCAAACUAGGAGACUGGAGCUUGCCGGUAAACACAAAGCGGCAAACUUUCCUCAUCAUCAUUUUUUUCUUUCUGUUGUGAUCGAUGCCCUAACAUGACCUCAUGCACAUAAUUAUCAUCCGUUUCAGCUGCAGCUUUGUAUGAAAACAACCCACCACUUAAAUCCCAUAGCAAAUAAUACACGCACUAUACAAUAAAUCUUUAAAACCAAACACUGCCCCUCAUCUGCUUGCAAAGUGCAACUUCUACCGCAACAAAAUGUGUUUACACCUUUGCUCACCUGUUCUUAUUCAUAAAGUCUAUCAUUGACUCGCUUGAAAUAACACAAAAUGGCAGAAUGCACCAAGGGCUGCUAUUAAUAGGUUGAUGUGAAUAGCCGGCCGUACACAAAAGGCCCUGGUGACCUUGUUCAGGAGCGCAUGGUUGUUGAACAGCCAUUGUGGCUUAAGCUUAUUGUUCCAGCUGAGCUUUUAAAAUCCCCUUUGGGAGGGAAAGAGGUCUUGGGUUUUUUCUUAUUGUUGUUUUAUAAAGAAAGAAAAAAUAGCCUGAAUGUUUGUUCAAAUAUUAGUCACAUUAAUGCUUUUGUUACUAAGGAACAAAUCUGAUUGCUUGUAUUGUUACUUUUUUGAGGGUUUGUUUUUCAUAAAUAAAA